GAAACGCGCCUUCAGGCUUCAGACAUUAUCGUCGACCUUCACACUGCAUUCGAUGGCUUCACCGAUGCAGAGAGACAAGCACAAGUAAAGAAAACCAAGGGCAUCUUCGAGCUCAAAAUAACGAACGACGAGAAGAAGGAGGCUGUAUGGACGAUUGAUUUGAAAAAGAACGGUGUCAUUCUGAAGGGACUCGCCUCGCCCAAAGCGGAUGUCACACUCAUCAUGUCAGAUGAUACGUUCUCGCAGCUCGCUUCAGGCAAGAUGGACGGUCAGAAAGCUUUCCUCACUGGCAAACUAAAGGCAAAAGGUAAUAUCAUGUUGGCCACAAAACUUGCCGCCGUCCUUCAGGUGAACAACUAUGAUAUAAAUUGCUGUAAUUAA